AUGCCUGCGCAUCAAACUAAUUCGACUAGCGAGUCGACCCUGGCCGAAGCUCGCCCAGGCCCAGACGUCGAAAAAUCUGAUGACGCUGCAGGGCCACUCUCUGCAGACAUCGUAGCCGAUAAAGCUCCCGAUGGGGGCCGCGAUGCUUGGAUGGUCACCUUUGGUACCUGGUGGGCCCUCUUCAUUGCCUUCGGAUGGACCAACUCCCUCGGUGUGUUUCAGAACUAUUACGAAAAAGAGCUACUGAAGGCUUACUCCGCCUCCACAAUUGCCUGGAUCGCGUCCACUCAGAUCUUCAUGAUGUACGGUGGCGGAAUCGUCUUCGGCAAGGUCUUCGACCACUAUGGACCCCGGUGGCUUCUGUAUAUCGGAGGUUUUUGCCAUGUGUUCGGUCUGAUGAUGGCCUCUAUUUCUACAGACUACUAUCAAAUUUUCCUCUCACAGGCCAUUUGCAGUGCUAUCGGCGCUAGUGCCAUCUACUAUGCUUCUCUGGGCUCUUUAGCCAGCUGGUUCCAGGCAAAGCGUGCAACUGCUUUUGGACUCGCUGCCUCUGGUGCUUCUGUUGGCGGUGUCAUCUUCCCCGUCAUGGUCGACCGUCUUAUUUACAGAAUUGGCUUUGGCUGGACUAUGCGCGCGGUUGCUUUCCUCAUUCUUGGGGGUCUUGUGAUAGUGAUCCUGACUGUGAAGUCGCGGCUGACACACAGCCCGAAGCCAAUUCACGUUCGGCAAUACACCACCCCCUUCACGGAGAUCCCGUUCCUGCUUCUGGUCAUAUCGCUGUCGCUUUUCUCUUUCGGAUUGUUUUUGCCCUUCAACUUCAUCACUGCUCAGGCGCAGACCCUUGGCAUGUCCCCUACUUUGGCAAAUUAUCUCGUGGCAAUUCUGAACGCAACCAGUGUUUUUGGCCGUAUCAUCCCCGGUCUCGUCGCUGACCGUCUCGGUCGUUUCAACGUCAUGUCCGUGGCAACACUCGUUUCAGGCAUCCUCACUUUUGCACUAUGGCUUCCUGGCCGCAGUAACCUAACGGCUAUUCUCUAUGCCGUGUUCUUCGGUUUUUUUUCUGGUGCUUAUGUCUCUUUGACUCCAGCUCUUAUUGCUCAGUUAUCCCCCAUCCAGGAGAUUGGCGUUCGGACUGGUGCCCUGUACUUCUUCGUGUCGAUCGCUGUGCUCACAGGGAGUCCAAUUGCUGGCGCCCUCGUAUCUGUGGACAAGGGUAAUUAUGGAUAUCUAGAGAUAUUUGCAGGAGCGACUAUGUGUGGUGGCGCCAUCUUGGUUGUCUUGACCCGUGUCGUGCAGGGAGGAUUUAAGUGGCAGGUUUUGUAA